GCAGCGUCCGGUUACCAUAGCCACUAAUGCACACACAGCAGGCCGGCGGCAUGGAGGGAGAAGGGGAGGAGUACGGCGGCGGCGAUCUGACCGUGUUCUCCGGCUCCUCUGAGUGCGAUGUGACGGUCAGCCGCAUAUUGUGGAACUCUGUGACCCUGCAGCCGCCGCUGGAGUCCAGGCUGGUGUCAGGGGACAUGGAGCAGAGGCUGAGGGCGGCCGGGGAGCCCAGGCUGCGAAAGACUUGUACACAACAGGAACUGGAUGAUCUCAAGACUGAAUAUUUCUUAUUUGAAGCACAGAGAGCACAAGAUAUAGAACAAAGAUCUAUUUAUCUACAAAAGGCUAAAAGAAGGGAAGAAAUUCUAGCAUUGCUGAAAAAACAAAGAGAGGAUCGCAUUAAGAAAGAAUUUGUAUCUAUGGCAUAUAAACCAAUAAUUACACAGGGAAAGCGAAGGUUGUCAACACAUGACAUAGAAGAAAUGGAAGAUAUGAGGGCUGUGAAGCAGCUUCAAUGACUGGAAAGUUGCAAAUCUGAGAUUAACUUGCCUCCUUUGGACACUACCUGGAUAGCAACUCCACUUUAACCCAUUACUACCCUAUUAAUAAAAGUGACAACAGUUUUCUCUAUGUAAUAUACAGUAUAUAUUUUAUGCGCAAAAGAA